AAAGAAUGUCCUCCAUAUAGUUAGAAAUUAAAAAUUGUGGGAAUCAUUAACUAGAAAUAGUUGCUGUUGAUCUCAAAGCUCCUAAAGAAAAAAAGGAAAAAUUCUUAUGCGUAAAAUGUUUGAUUGAGAGAGUUGAUGGAAAUUAUAUAGUAUUAUUGAAAGAAGGUCUUGAAAUGAUUUAGGAGAUGAAAAAAAAAUGUAAACUAUAAGUCAUGACAGAUACCCAACAACAAUUAGAAAAUAUUAAGAAUCUUUAAUCAUCUGUUUCUGAAAUUAAUAAACUUUUUUCAGAUGUAUUUGGGAAAUUGUAAAAUAACUUUGAUGAAAAUAUCAAUUCAAAUUAAUAGGAAAUUGAAUGCAAAGAAAAAACUACCGAAGAUGUAAAUUUAGAUUAAGAUUUUGAAACCUUAUCUAAUUAUUAUAAAGGAAACUUUGUUUAUGAUACUCCAAAACAAUAAAUGGAUUUAGAAAGCUUCAAAUCAUUAAUGGAUAGUAUUUAAAGUUAACUUUCUUGGAUGUCAAAUGCAUAAUAAUUCUCUUAAAUAUUUGAAUCCAUUAAAAAGAUUCAAACUCAAUAUCAAAUCGAACAGACUAUUUCUAAAAAAGGAGUAGAUAAACAUGUAUUAAUUAAAAUAAAUUAAUUAGAAAACUCUAAGCCUAGGUUAAACAUGUAAUAAUAAUGAUCACGGCUUAGAAAUCAUUAUGAUUUAUCUUAAUGAAAAUGAAUCUAAUCAAAGUGGAUUAGCAUGCUCAAGAUGUAUUCAGUAAUAUCCAAGAAGAGAAUAUAUUACAAUAGAAGAUGCAAAUAUAAAAUGGAAAGAAUUCAAAAGAUAAUAAAACUAAAUGAUAACUAAUUAUAAUAAUAAUAGAUUUGCUAAAUUUACUUCUGCUAUUAAAUCCAUUUAAUAAUUAAAAGAUAUUUAUAAUUAAACUUUAACUGAUAUUAUAUAAUAAUUAGAAAGAAAGCGAAUUAUGAAUAAAGAUAUGUCUUAAACUAAUUAAACUAUUGUAGAAGAAAUAUAUGAAUUAAAUGAACAAGAAAUUCAAAAGGUAGUUGAAAUUCUAAGUUUGAAAGAUAAACAUCUAAAAUUAUAAAAAGAAUAAGAUUAUUAAGAUUAAAUUGAUUCAAUAUUCUAUUAGAAUCUAAAAUAAAACUUGGAGAAUCUUAUGAAAUAUGAUUUAUUAACAAAACAUAAUUUAUUGAGAAUAUAGAAUUAAAAUUAAUUAAAAGAAUAAAAAGUAGAUUAAAUUAUAGAUAUAGAUGAAAAAGGUCAAACUCCAGAUAUCAAUUUAUUCAUUAAGAAAUUUGAGUUAUAAGAUGAAUAUAUUUCUAUACUCGAUGAUGCAUUCAAUUUUUAUAGGAUGUUACAAUAAGACAUGGAUGAUUUAUAAAAUUAAGGAAAAUUAUCUUAAAUAUUGAAUUCAGAAUAAGAAACUCAAUCAUAAAUAAUCUAAUAAUAAUAUCAAGCAUUCUAAAAGAAUUCUAGUAAAAUGAAAGUAUUUAUAACUGCUGAAGAAAACUAUAAAUAGUUAGUGGCAUUAUCAGAUGAAUUAAAUUUAAAUAAAUAAUAAUAAUAAUUAAUUUAAACUUAAGUGGAUGAGUAAAAUAAAUAGAUUGAAACAUUAAAUUAGUAAUUAGAAUUAUUGAAAUAAGAAAAUACAAAAUAUAAAGAUGAAGAAUCUAAAAAGGAAGAAUCAAUUAAAUAGAUUGAAACAUUAAAUUAAUAAAUAGAAUUAUUGAAAUAAGAAAAUAAUAAAGUUAAAGAAGAAUCUAAUCACGAGGAGUCUAUUAAAUAGAUUGAAACAUUAAAUUAGUAAAUAGAAUUAUUGAAAUAAGAAAAUACAAAAAAUUAGAAAGAUGCUUAGGGAAAAUUAACAAUAAAGGAUCAAGAAAUUUAAACUGCUAAAUAAAAAUACACUUAAUUAUAAUAAGAGCACAACUAAUAUAAAGAAAACCUUAGAGAAUAGCCUAAGCUUCUCAGCCCUUAAUUUUGUACUGAAGUUUGCAAAUAAAUUGAGGAUAAAACAAAAAAGUCCAUUAGAUGUUCUUUACUUAUGUAUUAAGCAACAAGAGAUGGUAUGAAUCACACUGGUUUUUGGAAUAAAAUUAAUGGAAAAUCUAAUUUACUUAUUGUAUUUAAAUCUAAGAGUGGCAAUAUAUUUGGUGCUUUUUCUCCUUGUUAGUGGUUAUAAAAUAAAAAUGCUUAUGUGCAAGAUGAUACAUUAUCAUCAUUUUUAUUUACAUAGACUCACAAUUAAUUUUAUCCUUUGAAAGAAGCUAAUAAAGCUAAUGCUAUUUAUAGUUACUCCUCUUAUGGUCCUACUUUUGGAAGUGGACAUGAUCUUUAUAUAGGUACAGAUUUUUAAAGUGGAUCUUCUAGCUUAGGGACAACUUAUUAAUGUGACUAAUACUAAAUUCCAGAUGCAACCAUCCAUUUGUUUGGAUAGGCAACACCAAAUUUAGAAGAAUGCGAAAUAUUUGAACUUAUUUUAAAAUGA